CCGAUUAAACGGUACCAGGAGUAAGAUUCGGGGGUCCUUCGUCCGUAUCGCGAGUUCAAUCGGCAUGUAAAGAUAGUGGAAGUCACCGCCAUUAGAUCAUGUGAUCUGAAAUUAGUCGGUUCGGACAAAAUGGCGAAAUACGUUGCGAUAUUUGUGUCUUUAAUAUUUUUCGUAAUUUCUGUGAAUUCUGCAGUUUUAGAACCGAGCGCGGAUAUAAUUAGGAGUGAGGAUGCAGAGGAGGGGAAAUAUUAUCAACGUGUAAAAGAUGUAAAAGAUAAAGUGGAUAAAGAGGGGGAGUUUGUGCCUACCAAAGAUACGCUGCCUAUCUAUCCUGUACAAAGUCAAGAUAACAAUGACCUACAAUGUCCGGACCCAACUCCAGUCCGUGGAACAAUAAAAGUUUUACAUGGGCACCCAUUUUCCUAUGGGUGCAAUGUUCUUUUGACCUGUGAUCCUGGACUUGUUUUCAAUGAUGGCAAGUCUGUUUGGAACCUUACUUGUUUAGGACUUCCUGUUCAACCGCCAACGUGUGUUUGGGCUCCGGUACAUGAAGGGAAACCAAUUUGUCAAGAACCAGAGCAAAUUGAGAAACAGCAGACAGAUCUCGUAGAUAACACUGACGAUACGGAAACGAAAGUAGAGAAGCAGACAAUAGUUGCACGAGAUGUCAAUGAGCCAGUUGCAGUAAACUCCUCUUUAACAGAUGAAGGAACCAAAGUGAAUAACGAGGAGACGAAAAAUUACGUGAGUACUUUAGAUAUCGAUAGUUAUGGACCAGAGGAAGAUUUAGAUGGAACCUAUCACGACAAUAUCAUCACAAACAGAAACAAUGACGAAAUUACCGAAAAAGAUGAUGCGCUAAAUGAUGCAUCUCAGAAUGAAGUAAAUGGGGAAAAUACAAAUAAACUUGAUGAAUAUAAAAGCUAUAAAAGUGAUAUUGAAAUUUACGAUGACAUUGUAAACCAUUUUGCAAGUAAAGAUUAUGAAGUUGACUUCAGUGAAAAAAAUGACUUUGAAGCUCCGGAAGAAAGUUCUAAUAGUGAAACUGACUAUGAUACUGAACAUACAACGUCAUCGGAAAAAACAAGUGAAUCGUUCGAAAAUGAAAAUAUUGUACAAAAGACAAUGGAAGAACAGAAAAGUAAACCAGAAACGUUAAGCAAUGAAAAUGAUUACGCGCAUGCUUUCCCUGAAGUUGAAAACGAUGCUGAUGAAAAAGAUUUAGAAGUUGAAAUUCAUGAGGACGAACCAUUACACGAAAUGACAGAUAAUACGGAUGAAGUUGUGCAAGAAGGAUUACAAGAAGAAUCUGAAGAGAACAAUGAGGAAAUUGAACAAACUAGUGAAGACGAGGAGGAAAAUGAAACUGAGGAUAAUGAAAUGAAAAAUGAAGACAUUGAAGAUACAGUGGAAGAGCAGGAGGAGGAGGAAAGAGAGGAAGAAAAUGAAGAAGAAACAGAAGAUGAAUCUGAAGUAGAAACAGAGAAAAGUGAAGAUUAUGAGGAAGAACAGCAAAGAGAAUAUGAUAAUCAAAUCAUUGAAAACUCAGAAGAAGAAAAUGAUAAUGAGGAAGAUCAUGUUGAAGUACAGUCAAACAAUGACGAAAUGGAGGAUGAAACUGAAGAAGAGGCUGAAAGAGAUGAGCCUGGUGAAGAUGAAACGGAACAUGAAGGUCAAAAUAUGGAAGAACUCGAGAAUGAUGAAGAAUAUGAAGCGGACACUGAAGACACGAAUGUAGUAGAAAACAUAGAAUCAGAGAUCGAAGAUGAAAGCGAAGAAGAGAAUAACGAAGACGAACGUGAUAUUGUUGGUGACGUGUAUCCAUUGAAUCCUCCUUCUAUCAAAGAGCAUAAUAUUAUUUAUGCAGCUUUAAAAGAAUCGUCCAUGUUUGACAAAGAGGAAGAAGAAGAUAAUGAAGAAGAAGAAGAAAAUGAUGUCAAUGACGGGAAUCUUGUGUACGGGGAAGUAGAGCCGCCAGGAUCUCUUGACGAUGUUCAGAUGUUUCCCUUUCAAGCAUCUAAAGAGCAGAUACAAACAAACGAGAAUGAUUGUUCACUUCCGGCGGAAACUGGGCCUUGCCGCGCAUACCAUAAGAGGUUCUUUUAUAACUCCAAUACUCGAGAGUGUGAUGUAUUUGUAUAUGGCGGCUGUGAAGGGAACGCGAAUAGUUUCAAAACAUUGGACGAUUGUGUAAAUACUUGUGUGAAGAAUUCGUUGAAUUUGUGAUAAAUUACUUUAUACUUUAGCAUUGUUUUGUGAAAGAACUACUGUGAUAAUAUCUGACAAACGUAUAUUGCAUUGAACGGUGCCAUAAAUGAACAAUCAACCAGUGAAUGUGUCAGGGACAGACAUGGUACUUUAAUCAAGUUAGUUUUAACCCUGGUUGGGUUUUAUAUAAGAUAAAUAUGUGUGUCCUCAUCAUAGGACUGUAAACAAUUUUAACCGUUUGCUUUUUACAUUUAUAGAAAUCAGUUUCAGUUCUUUUUCUGUAUGGGUUUCGUUUUCGUUGUGUGUCAUUAUAAAAAGCCAGUCUGAUAAAUGUUGAUGAAAUUGUUUGUCUGAUAAAGAAAGAAAAACUGACUGUAUAUAAAUGGCAUGUAUGCGGACAAUAUUAAUAAGUAUUAUUCAAUAAUAGUAUUUUAAAUUGAAGUUAUAACUAUACAUGACAAGCGUAGAAAAUUUAGGGUAAUUAUAGAAAAACAGGGUACUUUUUAAAGACUUAAUAUGGUUCUAAUAAUUUAUCAUUAUUGGUAUUGAAUUGAAUACACGUUAAUUGUUUUUUAAUAAAAAAUCAUCGAUUCUAGCAAAACAAAAAAGUAGCAUAUCAAACGAGUAUUGUAAAGACAAGUAAACUUGUGAAUUGAGAAAUGCAUAAAUAAAUUACAGUUGCUAGGCUUUGUUAAAAGAAAAAGUUGCUGGUGCAAUUGAGGUUAAAAAAGAUACACUGUGGUUGUUAUCUCGCGAUGUCUGCUCUUACUCAGAGAGUGUAAAUAGUCAACAGUUGUUUAUGGAAAUAUCAAACUUAUUUUUUUUAAUUUGUGAAGUAUUCUGUAAAUAAAAUUAAUUUUCUCUUCUGAAUACAUAGUCAAAACAAGAACUUAAUACAUAGUCAAAAUAAGAACUUGAUAUCUCUCAAACACGAGAUUGUAACAAAAGAAAUAUUGAUACAUGUAUAAAUAUUAUCUGCAGUAUUCAUCACGUUUAUCCAUUAAUAUGUUCAGUUUAUUAAUAAUUUAUUGCAUGUGCCCAUGCAUAUCUAGAAUCAAAUAUAUAAAUGAAGUUGGGCUACCAGUUAUAGCAUAAGAUCACAAUAACAGAUAGUUUAAAUAU